CCUCCUUGUCCUCACGAUCAUGAAACCAAGAUGGCAGCCCUCACGGAACAAACACGUGUGGGACUAGUUGCCAACCGCGCAGCGAGGAAGGAACUGGUAUCAAGCAUCAAACAGAAAGCAAAAGAUGUUUUGAACAGCAAGGAGAAUGCUAAUAGAAUUGUUGAGAUUCUAGAGUACCUGCAGCACGAUGAAAAGGACAUUGUCAAUGCUGCCAUCCAGGCUACAUCGAAGAUCUUCUGUCACGUUUUGGCUGAGGAUGGAAUGGUCUGUACCUCUGGUAUAUCAGGUGCCAAGGAGAAGUAUCGGCUUUGGUUACAGGCCAGGUACAACAACGCCAUCAGGUGUCUCUGCAACGUGGUCGGGACCUUUGUGACAGUACCCAUCUUGCAGGAACUUGCUAUGAGGACACUGAUGAAGUUUUUAGCAGAAGAAUCGAAACAUCCUUUUAAGAAGGAAGGCUCAAACUUCUUCUUUCCCAUUCACAUUAUCGCACUUUUGGUACCUCAGCUUCUUUCGAAGAGUGUAGUUUCCAGUGAGUUGAUUGGACGAUUUAAGGAGUACAUGGAGUUUGAUGACGUCAGAUACCAUGUAUUACAGCACAUUCAGCAUCAUAUAUCAAAGCAGUCCAAAGAAAAAUUGAACCAGAUGGAGAUGACAACCUUGUGUAACAAUACUGUGAACCUCCUGCAUACUGUUACCAUGCCAACUGAUGAGGAGAGUAUCAACAACUUCCUUGGAAUAACUCCUGAUCCAGACGAAGGAGCAAGGAUAACUAUUCUUAAAGAACAUCACAAGGUCUUUACCAAUGCUUGGUUGGCUUUUCUGAGGUUUCCCCUUCCUACCUCUGUCUACAAACAGAUACUUGUGAAUAUUCAUGAGUCUGUGAUGCCUCAUAUGACCACGCCCCUUCUCCUUACUGACUUCCUCACAGCUUCAUAUGAUAUAGGUGGUGCGAUUAGUUUGCUUGCUUUAAAUGGAAUAUUCAUCCUCAUCAAUCAAUAUAACUUGGAAUAUCCAGAAUUCUAUUCUAAGCUGUAUGCCAUGUUUGAGCCUUCGAUCUUCCAUGUGAAGUAUAAAGCCAGGUUCUUCCAUCUUGCCGACCUCUUCCUAUCAUCAACGCACUUACCGUCAUAUGUUGUUGCGGCAUUUGCCAAGCGGUUAUCAAGGAUAUCAUUGACAGCGCCCCCACAUGCCCUCAUGAUGCUCAUUCCAUUCGUUUGUAAUCUUCUCAUGAGGCAUCCCAACUGCAAGGUGUUGGUUCAUAGACCACAUGGACCGAGGGAGCUCUCCAAUGACCCCUACAACAUGGAUGAGCCCGAUCCAGCCAAGUGUAACGCCCUUGAGAGUUCUCUAUGGGAGAUCCAGACAUUGAAAUCUCACUAUGACCCGGGCGUGUCAAGGUGUGCCGCAAACAUCGAGAAACCCUUUCCCAAGAUGGAGUGGGACCUGGAUGAGUACUUGGAACUGACCAUACCAGAGAUGGUCGCUAAGGAAACCAAAAAGAAAAUGAAGACCAUGCCUCUUGAGUUUGAACCGGCUAAAGGUCUGCUUGGAGGAGGACAGGACAUGUUUGAUGCAAGGUUCUGGGAGGUUUGAUCCUGUUUGAUCUCACCAAAGGUAUCUUAGGAGGAGGAGGACAGGGCAUGUUUGGUGGAAGGUUCUGAUCCAGUUUGAACCUGCUUAAAUGUCUGUGGAAGAGGACAUGUUUGAUGCAACAUUCUUGGAGGUUUGGUCUAGUUUUAACCUGUUAAAUAGGUCUGCAACAUGGAGGACAGGACAUGUUUGUGUCAGGUUCUUUGCGGUUUGAUCCAGUUUGAUCCUUCUGAAGAUAUGCUAGAUGGAGGACAGGAUAUAUAUAUGAUGCAAGAUUCAGGGCAGUUUGAUCCAUUCCAAACCUGCCAAAAGGUCUGCUAGGUGGAGGAUAGGAUAUAUUUGAUGCAAGAUUCUGGGAGGGUAUGACCUGUAGACAUAGAAUCAAUCUUGUAAGAUCAGGAAGGUCAUCAGGGUACUUCCGUUUGAAGCCAUAACCAGUUAGUGAAGGCUUUCUUGUAUUGUCAGACUUUAAUCUUGACUGAAUGAUUCACCAUCUCAUACGGUAGUGUAUAGGUCUUCCAGAAAGUAAAAUCUAAUAUCUAAUAUAAGCAUCUGUGCAAGCAUUUGUGUUCAAGCUUCUUUUUAGUGUCACUCUAUGGUGGUUUACCCAUUACAUUUACUUCAGCCUGCUCCCAUAUUCAAAUUGUAGAGGUCCCAAGUCCCUAUCCAAAUAAUCUUACUAAUAUUUAUGGUAUUACCAUACCUUGGUAGUGAAGCUUAUCAGCCAAUCAAUAUUACCAUGGUAUAAUGACAACUAGUUUAAUUCAUCUUUUUUUCAUGUUUUUUUUUAAAUAAGGGCCGAGUCAAAACGUUUAAACGCUUUUCAAACAAUCAUUAAAAGCAUAAGCGUUUAUCUAUUUUAAAAAACUGUCUAACCAUAUGUAGAUCUAUGGCCUUCAGGGGGAAAAGCCUUCCUCAAAAUUUGCUGAAAUUUCACAUCUUUAUAUUCAUGAAAAGGCCAUCUAAUUUUUAUAUCUCUUUGAAUUUUUUUUUUAUUCAGUUGGAAACUGCUGAUCUUUCAGGAUCAAGAAAGAGGUGAAUAUUCAUAAUUUUCAUGAUUGUUUCCAACUACCUCAACACAAUUUCAAGGAAAUAUGAACAAUAAAUGGCCAUUUCUUGGAUUUAAAGAUGCAAAAUAUGAAAUUUUAGCAAGAAGGGUGAUUUUUUAAACCCCUGUCAGUUAACUGUAAAUGCCUGUUUAUUAAUAGCAUUUAAAUGUUUUGUGCAGGUCGAACCAUGUAUCAUUGAAUUGCUACAAGGAUUUCAAUUGUAUUGGACAAUUAAGGAAAUACUUUUCCAUUCACCUGCUUUUGAUACUUACAUGUUGACUGUUAAUAAUAUUCAUACUCUUGAAAAUUAGAUUAGAGUUUGAUUACUUUUCAGAAUGCUGCAUAUUAAAAACUUUCUAUUUACUUAUUACUUGAUCUACUUUCUACUAAAAUCUUCUCAGUACAAUUUGAAGAAAAGACAAGUGACACAGUUCAUGUAAACCCAAAGUAAAUUAUUUAUUCAUAUAUCUUUCUGAUGCUUCAUGAAAUUAUCAGCAUACAAAUUUCAAUGUAUAUUCUCAUAAAUUCCGCAUAUAAUUCCUUUUUCUGAGUGUUUGAGUACAUAAGGUACCAGAAAACAUCAUGCAUUUUAAUAUCAGUUUUGUAAUUGUACAUCAUUUGAAUGGAAGCAUUAUUCCUCUGUUAAAGCAAAUCUAGACUACAUGCAUAUUUAUAUACAAAUUCAUAGAAAUAAAAUGAAGAUUAUUUGCAUAGUUCUA